AUGGAGAAAGAGAAGGAAAUCUCGACCCCGGAAUCCGGCGAUGGGCUGCACUUCAAAGCGACGGAAUCCCGCAGGAUGAUGAAAAACGUUCUGGCCAUCAGCUUCGCCUUCCUCUGCCUGUUCACGGCCUUUCAAAGCAUGUCCGCCCUGCAAAGCUCCAUCAACUCCGUGGACGGCCUCGGGCCCAUCUCGCUAGCAUCGCUGUACGCCGGACUCGUCGUGUCCUGCAUGUUCCUGCCCACGUUCCUCAUCAAACGUCUCACCGUCAAGUACACCAUGAUGUUCUCCAUGCUCUGCUACUCUGUCUACAUAGCGGCUCAAUUCUACCCCGAGUUUGCCACUUUGGUCCCGGCCGGGGUCAUACUCGGCCUGGGCGCGGCGCCCAUGUGGUCUGCCAAGUGCACGUACCUGACUCAGGUCGGCAAGGUGUACGCCGACUUCACGGGCCGCGACGAGGAAGCCACCGUCGUGCGAUUCUUCGGCAUUUUCUUCCUCCUUUUCCAGAGCUCGGCUGUCAUUGGGAAUCUCAUUUCCUCGAGCGUUUUACAAUCGGACAAGAACAGCAUUUUGCCGAAUUCAACAUUUGAAAAAUGCGGAAUCAUGUUUUGUCCCGGAGAAGAUGCGGCAGAAGCCGCAGUCAACAAACCGUCCAAAGAGAAAAUUUAUACUCUCGCCACGGUUUACCUCAUCUGUGCCUUGGCCGCUCCAGUCGUGAUCUUCUUCUUUGUGGAUCCUCUCAGCAGGUAUGGCGAGAAACAAAAGAAAAGCAAGAAAGAUUCGGUCACUGAUGAAGAGCCCAUUUCGGGCAUGAAACUGCUGGUUGCUACGUUUUCCCACAUGGCAAAUCCGUUGCAGAUGCUCAUCAUUCCGCUCACAUUUUGGUCGGGCAUCGAACAAGCAUAUUUCGGAUCCGAAUUCACAAGGGCAUUCAUUGCGUGUUCGUGGGGUACCGAGAACAUCGGCUACGUGCUGAUGUGCUUCGGCGUCGUCGACGCUGUCAGCUCAUACGCCUUCGGCUACGUGAUCAAGCUUACUGGCAGGAUUCCUUUGUUCAUCGCUGCUGCUACCAUGAAUAUCGUCAUGCUGAUUGUUUUCUUUGAGUGGAUGCCGACACCGGAUGAGAAAUGGGUACUGUUCGUGAGCGCCGGGGUGUGGGGCAUGUCCGACGCUGUCUGGCAAACACAGAUCAAC